AUGGCCUUUGCUUGGGAUGCACCACCUUUGAGCUUUGUCAAACAAGUUGGAGAUGGAGGGAGAUUAGUUCCCGUUCCAAGCCUCAGUGAGGCUGACAAAUACCAACCUCUAAGUCUGGUGGUAAAAAAGAAGAGAUGUUUUCUGUUUCCUAGAUAUAAAUUUACUUCAACACCUUUUACACUGAAAGAUAUUCUUCUAGGAGACAGAGAAAUUUCAGCUGGUAUUUCAUCUUAUCAGUUACUGAAUUAUGAAGAUGAAUCAGACGUUUCACUCUAUGGAAGGCGAGGCAACCAUAUUGUGAACGACGUUGGGAUUAACGUUACUGGAUCAGAUUCAAUUGCAGUAAAAGCUUCAUUUGGUGUAGUAACCAAACAUGAAGUGGAAGUAUCAACAUUACUCAAGGAAAUUACUACGCGAAAAAUUAAUUUUGACCACAGUUUGAUACGUCAGUCAAGGAGCAGCAGAAAGGCAGUAUUGUGUGUGGUCAUGGAAAGCAUCCGAACCACACGACAGUGCUCACUGUCUGUGCACGCUGGAAUUCGUGGGGAAGCCAUGAGGUUUCAUUUUAUGGAUGAACAGAAUCCCAAGGGAAGGGACAAAGCUAUUGUUUUUCCAGCACACACAACCAUAGCUUUCAGUGUUUUCGAACUCUUCAUUUACUUGGAUGGUGCUUUUGACCUUUGUGUCACUUCAGUGUCAAAAGGAGGAUUUGAAAGGGAAGAAACGGCAACAUUUGCACUGCUCUACAGAUUGAGAAAUAUACUGUUUGAAAGAAAUAGAAGAGUGAUGGAUGCCAUUUCUCGUUCACAGCUUUACUUAGAUGAUCUUUUUUCUGACUAUUAUGACAAACCUCUCAGCAUGAGUGAUAUUUCACUCAAAGAAGGGACUCAUAUCCGAGUUAAUUUACUUAAUCACAACAUUCCAAAAGGGCCUUGCAUACUCUGUGGCAUGGGGAACUUUAAAAGGGAGACGGUUUAUGGGUGCUUUCAGUGCUCUGUCGAUGGGCAGAAGUAUGUGAGACUUCAUGCAGUCCCUUGUUUUGAUGUUUGGCACAAGAGAAUGAAAUAA